AUGCUCUUAGUACUUAGUUUCGAUGUGGGACUUGUGGGAGUGUCUUCAGUGGUCGACGCAUGCCCUAACAAGUUUGGUGGGAGUUCCGAGGUGAUCUGUCAGAAUCGGUCGAAUGUGUUGACCGGUCGCUCAGCAUUGUCUCCCGAAGGUUGGUGUCUUUUGUCAAUUUGUAGGCACUCCGCCGACUUUACCAGUAUGAAUCGAUGGAGCAUGCCAAUCAAAGUUUCGGCAUGGCUCACCGAGCUGGUCCUGGCCGUGCAGGUCGAUGCGCACUCUCAAGAAGCCGUGAAAGCUAGCAACAUUAAUAUCUUCAACCUCAAGCACCGACCCAAGUCGAGCACCCAUCUGCCUGGCAUUUUUUGUUGUGAAAAGAUUAUGGGGGAUACCAUUUGCUUGUACCUAGUAUGCUGCUCGAUUUGUCUGGAUAUCAUUAGAAGAAUGAUAGAUAGGCUAGUGUUUCACAAUUAUGGUGUAACCUUUGAUGAACAGUGGACCUCCUUCAAUCAAUCUUCUCGCAACUUCUUCUUAUCCUAUCGUGAUGGAGCAUACAUUUUCUUUUGCUUUGAGGAGCUUCAUAACACCUAUCCUGCUUUAGACCAUUCUUAG